UGCUUGUUUGUGUUUUCCUUAAAUUGCUGUAUUAGCUGCAAUAACAACGACGCGCAACACAAACCAGCUGCACGAGAUAUCCGCAACAGGUACACAGCCCCGACAACAGCGCGGCAAUUCCGAAACGAAUUAGUUCAAGCGUGUGCACACACGUAACGUACAAAUAAAUAUUUUCAACAAUAAUCGCCAAUUGCCUAACGUGGAGUGCAACGACCGCGCCGCGCCGCGCCGCCACCGCCACACAACGCACGCGCCGUAACAACCUUGGCCACUUCGAAUCGAUUGCCGCUGUGCUGUGUCUUUAAUAUUUGUUGCACACACGCAUACGCAACGUUUGCGGCAGCACGAGUUUGGUGUUUGCAAGUUCAAGCGCAAGCGGCAAGUUCCGUUCAAUUAGCGAAGCAUAACCAUAGAGAAGGCGACGGCCGCGCCAAGCCACACCACAACACACCACGCCAAAACAUUUGAGUGGCACGCAAACAGGAAGUUGGGGCAGGAACCAAAGCGUGUACAACAGCGAGAAGUGGUUACGACUUGAUUGCGCUCUGCUUUUGUCAAAACGAUUUGGAGGUUAUCAACCUCCGUUUAAUGGUGCGCGCAGAUUCCCACUCUGAACCACCCAAACAUCAGCAGCACAACUAAUCACCGAGGAAUGCGAGACUUAUCUGUUGGCGCAGCAGUGACAACAGGAGUAGUGGCAGCGACAACAGUUCAAAUUGACAAUUCCAGUACAACAUUUACCGUGGCGGUCAUACAAAAAUUGCCAACUACGUUUACUUGUGUAGACCUUCAACCAUAGUGUUCCGCGAUUUGUCCAAGCCCAUUUAACCCACCUAUUAAAUAGUCGUUACAAUAUAAACAUUAGUCCACAGCAUUCCAGCGCGCACCUUCGCCACCUACGGCACCUGCCCUUUAGUCAUCUCAAAACGCCACGCCCUAACCGUGCUGCGCUCAAUGUAAGAUGUUAGCAACCGCCAAAUGGAGCCUCUUAACCGCAAUUGUUGUCAGUUUUCUGCUAUGCGCUCAAGCCAUUGAACGGCCACCAGCGCUUACGAAUGCAUCCGCAUCAGCGCCGGAAACCGAAACACAAGUGAUACAGUCAACGCGACAAGCGCGCGCUAGCCCCUCAUAUACAACUGCGUAUAGUCAACAGUUGACCAAAGCGUCAUGGCUGCCCGCAACACUGCCAGGUACUACGGCGCCCGCCACAGACAAUCAACGUACCGCGCGCAACCUUUACGCACCCUUUGAGACUUUCAGCAAGGUGGAUGUAGCGCCUUUUUCGAAUUGGCAUCGCCGCACCGAUGGCACUAUAGUGCAAUCUUUUGGCGCCUAUCGUAGUGGGCGUGCCGUUGCAACGACUCAGCAGACGCAUUCCGCUGCCCAGCGUCGCUCGGAUGUCGUUACUACUGUCGAGAUAAUACCGGCGCCUGGAAUUGAACUCUCCAGCAGCACUAGCAAUGGUGUUGGUGGCACCGUGCCAAUCACAAUACCCAAGCAAGUGGUGCCCGGUGCUGAUGCCACUGCUGCCGCCUCUUCUCCAGUUCCUGCCAUAGCGAAUGCGACACGCAGUUCACGUCAGCGUAACUACGUUUACAUACCGCUGCAACAGCAAGCCAGUGGCACAACAUUGUUGCCGAAACGCAACAACAGCUCGCUGGGCUACUUAGGCCCACCCGCCCAUGCAGUGGCUGCUGUAGCACAAGAAUUUGGCGAUGAGUUGAUGCAUGCGCACACGGAUCGCAGUGAUGUAGUUACGGCGCCAGCGCCUGGUAGCGCGCUCACUUCAACGGACGGAAUGGAAGAUGAGGAUGCAGCGCGUCGCAAUGGCUUCAAAUUUCCAAGCUAUAGUCUACAACCGGCAAGUCCGUUUUAUCCGCAGGGCUAUCGUGAAGACAACCCUAUAUUUGCAGAAACAUCUGCCUUCCAGACGCCAUACAGCGAGGAGGCGUUGCCUACACAAUACGAUCAAGAUACGCGUCAUACGAGGCAGUUGUUAUACGAGAGCGCUGAUGCAACACCUAUUUCACACCCUUUCGAGUUUCCCGGGCAAUCGACGAAUGUCAAACCGCAUACACUGAAUGCUGCCAUCGCUUCGGGGAAGCUGUUUCGUGAGGAAGUUACCAAAUUCGGUGAUGUAAACGGGCCCAUAACAGCUUUGCCGCAACGCCCACAACGCGGUUUAUUCUUUGGUGAUACUGAAUUUAGAACAAGUCCGCCGCGGCCCUAUGUACCGCAGAAAGCUUUCAAUGAGUAUAUUGGGCCCAAUGGACCACUGGACUAUCAGAGUUCGAGAAAAAGUCGCUUCUUCCCUUUCAAAUCGUCGCGCAGCCCACGAGUUGUCUUUCCGGUGAACGAUAAUAUUGGCACGACAGGCCCGAGUGGCACUGGGAAUGGCGUCUACUUUAGCGAUAGCGUGGCUUUUAGAGAUCAAAACUUCGGACUCAAUGACUUGGCUGCCAUUCAAGAUGUUCGCAACGACUUCAGUCUACAGGAUAUCGAUGGUAGUACCUCGGAGAGCAGCUUGACCGGUGCGCCCUCAUCGGGUACAUUCAAGGAAAAAGUUGAUAUCACAACCGAACUAGAAUGUCAACAUCGCGGUGGCACAUGUGAAUUUUUUCUCGGUUGUUGGAUGAGCGGUGGCCUCUUGCAGGGCACAUGCAACGGCCUAUUGCGCGGUUGCUGUCAUCGCACAGCAAAAUCAGCCAACCUACGCACUUCCGAGUAUGUGGGCAACGCAAUCGAUUUGACUGAUCUUCCGCAUAAAAACUUUGGCCCAGUUAAAAAUGAUGCCAGUUGCGGCAUUUCACUGGCCAAACAGGCCGCUCAGCGACGCAUAGUCGGCGGUGACGAUGCCGGUUUCGGCUCAUUUCCUUGGCAGGCGUACAUACGUAUCGGAUCCUCGAGAUGUGGCGGUUCAUUGGUGUCGCGUCGUCAUGUCGUCACCGCCGGUCAUUGUGUGGCACGUGCCACACCACGCCAGGUACACGUCACUCUCGGUGAUUAUGUAAUCAACUCCGCCGUUGAACCUCUGCCUGCUUAUACGUUUGGUGUCCGUCGCAUCGAUGUGCAUCCAUAUUUCAAAUUCACACCACAAGCGGAUCGCUUUGAUGUGUCUGUGUUGACGUUGGAGCGGCCGGUGCAUUUCAUGCCGCACAUAGCACCCAUCUGUUUACCGGAAAAGAACGAAGACUUCCUUGGAAAAUUUGGUUGGGCAGCCGGCUGGGGCGCUCUGAAUCCUGGCUCAAGACUGCGGCCGAAAACAUUGCAAGCGGUGGAUGUGCCGGUGAUUGAGAAUCGCAUCUGCGAGCGUUGGCAUCGUCAGAAUGGCAUAAACGUCGUCAUUUACCCGGAAAUGAUGUGUGCUGGCUAUCGUAAUGGUGGCAAAGAUUCCUGCCAGGGUGACUCGGGUGGUCCGCUAAUGCAUGAAAAGAGUGGCCGUUGGUAUUUAAUAGGCGUAGUUUCAGCUGGCUACUCGUGCGCCUCGCGCGGCCAGCCGGGCAUCUAUCAUCGUGUACCCUAUACGGUAGAUUGGAUAUCCUACGUCAUCGGUCUAACAACGAAUGUGUAGUACAAGUGAACAUUUUCGACUUGGCUUACUUCAACUAUACUUUAGUGU